AGAUUUUAUGUACCAACUCCACUUUAAAGAUUUUCUUACAGCAACAUUUUAUCAUGAUCGUUUUAAAUGACUUCAUGCCCCCUUGAAGGCACGUUUUGUUCCUAUGCUUUCAAGAUCUUGGUAUUGAUCUUGUCAACCUUCAUUAAAUAUGUAGCUAAGUGAAGAAUCUCAGGCCCAGUUUGAGGUUGAAAGAUACAAAGAUUGCACAGGCUAAGCAAGUCCAACUCCAAUUACUGUUUGAAAAGUGAACUCGUAAACAUUUUGUAAUGUUACAAUUACAAACUUCACUGCUCAGUAAGUUAGUAGUCUUAACACCUGAAUUGAGAAAAUAUAAAAAACGCUAAAACGAGGAUGCCAUCUUGCUGAAUUUAAGCAGCUGUUAAUGAUUUUUUUUUUAAUUCUAAAUCCAAUUUUUUACGAUAUGCAGAGCUCUAACUUGUGUACAAACAUUAGUUUCAAAUAGGCUAAAUAAGCCAAAUAAAAGAAAGUCAACUACAUAAAAAUUCUAGGUUCCUUGUCAAUCGAAGGGCGUUAACGAAAUGUCCGAUUGUCUUGGAAGGCAGCACGGAUCCUGCGGAGUUUCGGGAAAGCGCAUCAGAAGGAAGCGCGUUCACGUGCGCACACACGUACAUGCGCAGGCUCCAGCUGCACACCGGGAGCAUCCCUGCGCAGAGAGAGCGCUCUUCUUGCUCUCAGUCUAGAGCAAUCGCUUCAUUUGUUUUUGUUUUGUUUUCUCCCCCACAUUUUCUCAUCACAGACUCUCACUGACGACGCAGGAUGAUGCGGGGCCCCGCCGAGCUCCGUGCAUGCUGAAGCCCGCACACAUCCACCUUACACCGGCAUAAAAACCCUCACUGACCGCACCGAUAUUUUUUACUGGCAGUCAGCCCAAGACGGAAUGUCAAGCAGCCCUGAAGGAAGUCGCUCCGGGGGCGGCGGCUGCGGCUCCGACCGAGACUCCAAACGGGCCUCCUCGAGCAACACGUCCCCGGAGGGUGGACCUCCACUGCCGCUGCACCAGAACCGCAUACGGCAGUCUGACAGUAACACCAGUUUUCUCCGGGCUGCCCGAGCCGGAAACACUGACAAAGUCCUUGAAUUCCUCAAAAAUGGAGUAGACAUCUGCACCUGCAACCAGAAUGGUCUCAAUGCAUUACACCUGGCAGCUAAGGAAGGACACAAAGAUUUAGUAGAAGAACUGCUGCAAAGAGGAGCCUCCGUUGACUCAUCUACCAAGAAAGGAAACACUGCCCUCCAUAUCGCCUCAUUGGCAGGACAAAAAGAAGUAGUGAGGCUGCUGGUGAACAGGGGAGCAGAUGUCAAUGCUCAGUCACAGAAUGGCUUCACUCCUCUCUACAUGGCGGCCCAGGAAAAUCAUUUGGAGGUGGUGCGGUACUUGCUGGAAAAUGAAGGAAACCAAAGCAUUGCAACAGAAGAUGGCUUUACCCCUCUUGCGAUCGCCCUCCAACAGGGUCACAACUCUGUGGUCUCGCUGCUUUUGGAGCAUGACACCAAGGGUAAGGUCCGCCUGCCCGCCCUGCACAUAGCGGCCCGCAAAGAUGACACCAAGUCUGCUGCCCUCCUGCUUCAGAAUGACCACAACGCUGAUGUGCAGUCGAAGAUGAUGGUCAAUAGAACCACAGAGAAUGGGAAGAGUGGUUUCACUCCCCUGCACAUCGCUGCUCACUACGGCAACGUGAACGUCUCCACUCUGCUGCUGAACAGAGGAGCUGCCGUUGACUUCACGGCACGGAAUGAGAUUACGCCUCUUCACGUAGCCUCCAAGAGAGGAAACACCAACAUGGUGGCUUUGCUGUUGGAUCGAGGGUCUCAAAUAGAUGCUAAGACAAGGGACGGUCUGACGCCUCUACACUGUGCCGCCAGGAGUGGACAUGACACGGCCCUGGAGCUUCUGCUGGAAAGAGAAGCACCCAUUUUAGCUAGAACCAAGAACGGACUCUCCCCACUGCACAUGUCAGCCCAGGGAGACCACAUAGAGUGUGUGAAACUGUUGCUGCAACACAAGGCGCCUGUUGACGACGUUACUCUCGAUUACCUCACGGCGCUGCAUGUUGCCGCUCACUGUGGCCACUACAGAGUCACCAAGCUCCUCCUAGACAAGAAAGCCAAUCCAAACGCCAGAGCGCUGAAUGGAUUUACUCCUCUCCAUAUUGCUUGCAAGAAAAAUCGAGUGAAAGUGAUGGAGCUCCUUAUUAAAUAUGGUGCUUCCAUCCAGGCCAUUACUGAGUCUGGAUUGACACCCAUCCAUGUAGCAGCUUUCAUGGGUCACCUCAACAUUGUUCUGCUGCUGCUGCAGAACGGAGCCUCUCCUGACAUCCGCAACAUUCGUGGUGAGACAGCGCUCCACAUGGCAGCACGAGCAGGUCAGAUGGAAGUGGUUCGCUGCUUGUUGAGAAAUGGAGCCCUGGUGGAUGCUAUGGCCAGGGAGGACCAGACACCCCUCCACAUUGCCUCUCGUUUGGGUGAAACCGAUAUUGUCCAACUGCUCCUGCAGCACAUGGCCCACCCGGAUGCUGCCACCACCAACGGCUACACCCCUCUCCACAUUUCAGCCAGGGAGGGUCAGGUAGAGACAGCAGCUGUGCUGCUGGAGGCAGGAGCCUCGCACUCGCUGGCCACCAAGAAAGGAUUCACUCCCUUACAUGUAGCAGCCAAAUAUGGAAGCCUUGAUGUAGCUAACCUUCUCCUUCAACGGAAAGCACUUCCAGACGAUGCUGGGAAGAACGGCCUGACUCCAUUACAUGUAGCAGCUCAUUAUGACAACCAGGAGGUGGCUCUGCUGCUGCUGGAUAAAGGGGCAUCACCGCAUGCCACUGCAAAGAAUGGCUACACUCCACUUCACAUUGCAGCUAAGAAAAACCAGACCAACAUUGCUUUAGCGUUGCUGCAGUAUGGAGCAGAGACCAAUGUUCUGACCAAGCAGGGAGUCAGUCCCCUGCACCUGGCAGCCCAGGAAGGACAUGCUGAGAUGGUCAGCCUGCUGCUUCGCAAAGGAGCUCAUGUCAAUACAGCAACCAAGAACGGACUCACUCCUUUGCAUCUCACAGCCCAGGAGGACAGAGUCAAUGCAGCAGAGGUUCUGGCCAAACAUGAUGCGAACCUGGACCAGCAAACUAAACUUGGAUACACUCCUCUGAUAGUAGCAUGUCAUUACGGAAAUGUCAAAAUGGUGAACUUCCUGCUACAGCAAGGUGCCAGCGUCAAUGCCAAAACCAAGAAUGGUUACACACCACUUCACCAGGCAGCGCAACAAGGGAACACACACAUAAUUAAUGUUUUGCUGCAACAUGGGGCCAAACCCAACACAACCACAGUAAACGGGAACACUGCUCUGUCCAUUGCCAAACGCCUGGGUUACAUCUCUGUGGUUGACACGUUGAAAGUGGUUACAGAAGAGAUCAUCACCACCACGACUACGGUGACAGAGAAACAUAAACUCAACGUUCCAGAGACCAUGACAGAGAUUCUAGAUGUAUCGGAUGAGGAAGUUCUGAAGGUGGAAGAUGAAGCAUUUUCUGAGAUGAUAGUAGCACUGGAAGGUGAGGACACAAUGACAGGGGACGGUGCGGAGUACCUGAGAGCAGAGGACAUAUGGAAACUGCAGGACGACUCUCUGCCAGGACAUUAUCUGGACAGCUUCAGUUAUAUGAGCCACAACUUCGACAGAUCCCAGCACACUCCUAUUCACCAAAGCUUUCAUCAGAGGGAGGACGUUCUCUUCGAAGACAUACUGACGAGCCACCAGGUAUCAACACUGUCUAGAGAGAACGGCAAGGAAACUUUCCGUCUGAGCUGGGGUGCUGAACAUCUCGAUAAUGUCAUGCUGUCUUCCAGUCUGCUGCACUCAGGCCGUUCCUCUCCAUGCCUAGACCAUGACAACAGCAGCUUCCUGGUUAGCUUCAUGGUAGAUGCCAGAGGUGGAGCUAUGCGUGGUUGUCGUCAUAAUGGCCUACGGAUCAUUGUGCCACCAAGGAAGUGUUCGGCACCCACCCGCGUAACAUGCAGACUGGUUAAGAGGCAUCGCUUGGCUUCCAUGCCCCCCAUGGUGGAGGGCGAGGGGCUUGCUGGUCGCAUCAUAGAGGUCGGACCGACUGGAGCUCAGUUCCUGGGUAAGCUACAUCUUCCCACUGCUCCUCCCCCUCUGAAUGAGGGCGAGAGCCUGGUCAGUCGCAUCCUGCAGCUGGGUCCUCCAGGAACAAAGUUCCUCGGGCCUGUGAUUGUAGAGAUUCCCCAUUUUGCCGCUCUUCGGGGCACUGAGAGGGAACUUGUGAUCUUGCGGAGUGAAACCGGAGACAACUGGAAAGAACACCACUGUGACUUCACUGAGGAAGAGCUGAACCAGAUCCUUAAUGGCAUGGAUGAAAAGCUUGAUUCCCCCGAAGAGCUUGAAAAGAAGAGAAUUUGCCGAAUCAUCACCAGAGACUUCCCUCAGUACUUCGCGGUGGUAUCGAGGAUAAAGCAGGACAGCCAUCUGAUUGGUCCUGAGGGUGGCGUGCUCAGUAGUACCCUUGUGCCCCAGGUUCAGGCUGUCUUCCCUGAAGGUGCCCUCACUAAGAAGAUCAGAGUCGGGUUACAGGCUCAGCCUAUUGAUGUGGAGCUGGUGAAAAAGAGUCUUGGCAACAAAGCCACUUUUAGCCCAAUUGUUACAUUAGAACCCAGACGGAGGAAAUUUCACAAACCAAUCACCAUGACAAUUCCAAUCCCCAAGAGCUCCAACACUGAUGGGCCAAAUGCCAUGUUCAGUGGGGAGACCCCCACUCUACGUUUGCUCUGCAGUAUAACAGGUGGAACCACACCUGCACAGUGGGAAGACAUCACCGGCUCCACACCACUCACCUUUGUUAACCAGUGUGUUUCCUUCACCACCAAUGUUUCAGCAAGGUUCUGGCUUAUAGACUGCAGACAGACCCAGGAGUCUGUUAAUUUUGGGACACAGCUCUAUAGAGAAAUCAUCUGCGUACCCUACAUGGCUAAGUUUGUCAUCUUUGCCAAAACGCUGGACCCCAUUGAGGCACGGCUGCGGUGCUUCUGCAUGACAGAUGACAAGAUGGACAAAACCUUGGAACAGCAAGAAAACUUCACCGAAGUAGCUCGCAGCCGAGACGUUGAGGUGCUGGAGGGAAAACCCAUAUAUGCAGACUGCUUCGGAAACCUUGUACCCCUUACCAAGAGUGGACAGCACCAUGUGUUCAGUUUCUUUGCUUUUAAAGAGAACAGACUGGCACUCUUUAUUAAAAUUCGUGACACUGCCCAGGAGCCCUGUGGACGAUUGUCCUUCACUAAAGAACCACGCACAUACCGAAGCCUUCAUCACAAUGCCAUCUGCAACCUUAACAUCACUCUUCCAACAUACUCAAAAGAGUCUGACUCAGAUCAAGAUGGGGAAGAUGAGAGUGAGAAGAGUGAGAAGAAAUAUGAUGAAUCUGAGUCUGAGACAUUCUCACUGAGAACUAAUCAACCACUUGAUCCUGCAACUCUUGCAAGUCCAGACCUUCUAUCUGACAUAUCAGAUGUCAGAAUAUCUGCAGUAUUUCCAAUAGAUGUCUAUGAGGAGAGAGCUAGAGCUGUAGUGCUGGUUGAAAAAGAGUCAUUUGCUGCAGUGGAACACUUUAAAGAUAGAUCUGCAAAGACUGGAGAUAUUCAAGAAGAGAACCUCAUUUAUAGCAGUAUGUCAGUGAAAGAAAGGACAGCCAUGGUCUCGAAAGUCAGCACAGACAUGGGAGAAAACUUUGAACCUGCUGUGAGACGUAGUUCACAAGAAGACCUUGUCCAAGACACAUCUGGUCAAGAUACUAUAUUGCAAACAGCACUACAAAGCAAACAGCGUCCCCCAAAUAUCAAAAAACCUAUAAGGAAAAAGCUUAGAGAACGAGAGCUGUCUAGGUGUAGCAGCUCUGAGGGGGAGCUGGAAAGGGUGAGCUCUGAGGAAUCUUUGGAUGGCGACGUUAUUCUUGAAGAGAGCGUUUCAGCUAGCUCAGUUAUUCAGCCCCCUGUUUCUCCUUUAAUUAUUGAGACACCGAUAGGGUCCAUAAAAGACAAGGUUAAGGCUUUACAAACCAAAGUUGAACAGGAGGACAUGCAAAAAACUAGUCAAGGUGUAGCAUGUGCAGAGAAAUCUUCCAUCAUCCCAAUGAAACGAGACGAUGUCAUGCCAGAACUUCCACAAGUUCCCAAAUCCCCUAAAUCUCCUAGAUCUCAGACAGAAAGAUUAGAGGAGACUAUGUCAGUGAAGGAUCUAAUGAAAGCCUUUCAGACUGGACAGGACCCAUCAAAAUGUAAAUAUGGGCUUUUUGAGCAUAAGGCACUACUUUCUUCUCACAAUGAAACAUUGAAAUACAAGCUUACAGAUACCGAAGAGACACUCACAACAGAGCAGAGUCCAACCUAUGAGAUUCCUGUCAUUUUCAGUCAACAGGAGGAUGUGAAUAAAGUGGAUAAGAUGGACAUGAAAGACGAACAAUUUAGCUCAAUCAGAAACACGACUGAGAAGACCAUACUGAUAUCAGAAAGACCUUCCAAUGGUAAAACAGUAAAGUUUUCUGAUACAGUUCAAUAUGACUUUGGAAAUGAGAGCCCACUGGCAGAGUGCAGAGACAAAGAGCUGCAAGACAAAGAGACACUGUCUGUGAAGGAGAGGAUGAAAAUGUUCCAAUCAGAACAGGAUUUCCCACAAAAUACCACAGGACUUUCACAACACAAAGACAUAGCGUCUUCUAACACACAUUUUGUGUCUGAAUCUGAAUCCCAGGACCAGAGCCUCACAGUUCUUAGUCCACAAGAUGACCCCAUCUUAUAUGACAGCACAGAAGAUGAAAGAGCAGAUUUUGUGCGACGUAAAUCUGAGGAAGCAGCAGUUUCAGAUGGUUCUCUUUUUGGAAAAACAGCUCCACGUCCUGAUUCUGUUAAAAGCGAGACAGUACAUAUCUGUUGCCAAGGUGAGGAGCAAGGUAAGCCCACUGUGUCUGUGAAAGAACUAAUGAAAACAUUCCAGGACCCUUCAGCUGAACAUGGACACAUUCAAAAUAUUAAAACCAGUGAUGUUGCAGCUCCUCAAACACAGAAGGAUAUUCCAACCCUUACUCCAGUUCACCAACCAGUAAACAAAGAGAACAAGUUUAAAAAUGAAUCUCAACAAAGUUCUGAUGUGACCUAUUUUAGAAAUACUGAUGAAAAAAUGGAGAGGAUGGAUUUCAAUGAUACAAAUAUUAGCCUUAAGAAAGAAGCGUCAGAUUUGUCAGAGGAAAGCCCAGGGAAAAUGCAGUUAGAUGGAUCCUUCUUAAGCACUUUUAGGAGUUUAUCUGAGGAAAUGCAAAUCAGCCCUGAUCGCAGACCUUCUGAGGACUUCAGUGCUGACAUAAAGGCUGAACUGGAAGAAAAUCCCGAAUAUCAGCUGUUUAGACAGACUCAUACAGUUUCAGAUGUCAAUUAUCAACCGUUGGCCCUUGAAGGGGACGAAUCACCUGGUGACUUUGACAGUCCUUGCGAUGUGGGAGACAUCAGCUCCGACCUUCCUGGGACACCCAAGGAUGAAAUCUCAGACAAGAGUGUUGAUUCCUCCUUUUCUAGGUCAGGAGAAAUACAAACUUGUGACACCCACCAAAGUAGAAAUAAAAAGACUUUUAGUCUUUCAAUAAGUGAAACCAAAGAAGAAAAGAAUAUUUUUGAGGCAGAUGUAUUGGCUGAUUAUGGAAGCAACAUAUUUUAUAGACAAAUUGACAUAGAAGAAAAAGAAGCCAUCAUCAGGGACCCAGGACUUCAAGAAAUCCAGACGAAGAAGAAAACAUCUUACCAAGCAUCUGCAGCAGAAAAGGACAUGCAAGGGACACUGUUGUUAAUGGGAAAGGAUUUGGAUCAGUGCCCACAGAUUAAGUCUUUUGAAAAACAUAAAAUUGAUCAGGAGUGUCAAGAAACAGAUGUACUUGAAGAAACAGAUGAAGACAUUUUAGCAUCAACAUCUAACGAAAAUAAAAAAACAUCGAUGGGUGAAAGAACACAAGUUUUGACAAAGGAAAAUAUAGUUAUGGGGGCAGGUGAAAAACGAAAGAGUGAACUGGAAAAAGACCAAACAUAUGAAGAUAGUGAAAGUAGUGCAUCUGAAAACACAACAGAGGAAAUUGGCCAUUUGAGGUUGAUACAAGAAUACAAAAGAGAAGGAGCAAGUUUACAACAAUCUGAAACCAAAAAAAAUGUGUCAGGUAUGUUUUCACAUGUCAGUUCUGAUGUUCAUGAAUACAUUAAAGAAGCGCCAGUGGGAAGAAAAAGCCAUCUGGAAGAUGUUCUCCAUGAGCAAGUAAAACUGUCUAGAGAUCAUUCAGAAGAACAAAUGGAGGAAAAGAAAAACUCAGAGACUGCUGUGAUUUCACCGAAAGAACAAAGAACUAUUUCAGUUUUGGAGACUCCAUGCCAACAAACUCAUACGGAAAGAAAGAUAUAUCCAGAAUAUUAUGUAUCUAAGAAAGAUACGACAGGCAUGUUGUCACAUCUCAGCAGUGACCUAGCAGAAUAUCUCAAAGAAAAGCCAAUGAUGAGACAAAGUCAUUCUGAGGAAGAUCUAAUAAAUGAGCAAUGCAAAGAAAUAAAGCUAGUAAGAGAUUUUUCAAGCGACAGAGAGGAAAACUCGGAGACUCAUGUAGUUCAAGUCAAAGAACAAAUAGUGUUUGAGACUCAGAUUGAACAAGUUUGUGAUAAGAGAAAAGGAAGCCCAGAAAAGCCAGUAAUUGAGAAAGAUAUGUCAGGCAUGUUGUCACAUCUGAGCAGUGACCUGGAUGAACUUGUCAAAGAAACACGAGUGACAAGACAAAUAAAUCUUGUGGAAGAUCUGGUAAUUGAGAGCUUCAAAGAAACAAAACUUUCAAGAGAUGAUUUAGAGGGCAAGACUGGGGAAAAGGUAAAUGUUCAGACGGACCAGGUUGUAAUCAAAGAAGAAACAAAAGCAUCUGACCCAGAUGCCAAAAUUGAACAAGUUUAUGUGGAGAGAAGAGGAAACCCAAAAAAGCCAGCAAUAGAGAAAGAAAUGUCAGGCAUGUUGUCACAUCUCAGUAGUGACAUGAAUGAAUAUAUCAUCAAAAAACCAUUGACAAGUCAAAGUCAUCUUGAGAAAGAUCUGAUAAAUGAGACAUGCAAAGAAAUAAAACUUGCAGGAGACGAUUCAGAAGACAAGAUUGAGAAAAUAGAGAACCUUGAGACUAAACCAGUUGUAGUCAAAGAACAAACACAAACAUCUGUAUUUGAGAAUGAAUUUGAACAUAAUUUGAACGUUGAAAGAAAAGGAAGUGCACAAAAUCCAACAGUCAUGAAAAAUAUGUCAGGCAUGUUGUCGCAUCUCAGUAGUGACCUGAAUGAAUAUGUCAAACAAAUACCGAUGACUCAACAAAAUCUGCCUGAAGAAGAUCUGGUCAGUGAGAGUUGCAAAGAAAUAAAACUUUCAAGAGAUGAUUCAGAGGACAAGACUGAGAAAAUGGAAAAUGCUCAGAUUGACCAAGCCGUAGUCAAAGAACAAACAAAAACAUCUACUUCAGAUGCCCAAUUUGAACAAGUUUAUAUGGAGAGAAAAGGAAGCCCACAAAAGCCAGUUAUUGGGAAAGAUAUGUCAGCCAUGUUGUCACAUCUCAGUUGUGACCUGGAUGAACAUUUCAAACAAAUACCAGUGACAAGACAAAGUCAUCCAGAGGAAGAUCUGGUAAAUGAGAGCUGCAAAGAAACAAAACUGGCAAAAGGUGAUUCAGAAGACAAACCUGGGGAAGAGGAAAAUGUCACGGUUGACCAAGCUGUAAUCAAAGAACAAACAAUACCAUCUGUUUCAGAGACCCAAUUUGAACAAGUUUAUGUCAAAAAAAGAGAAAGUCCACAAAAACCAAUAAUCAUGAAAGACAUGUCAGGCAUGGUGUCCCAUCUUAGUAGUGACAUAGAUGAAUACGUCAGACAAAUACCAGUGACAAGACAAAGUCUACUUGAGGUAGAUCUGGUCAAUGAGAGCUGCAAAGAAUUAAAACUGGCAAAAGGUGAUUCAGAAGAGAAGCCUGGGGAAGAGGAAAAUGUUAAGGUUGACCCAGCUGUAGUGCAAGAACUAACACAAUCAUCUGUUUCAGAGGUCCAAUUUGAACAAGUCUUCACAGAGAGAGAAGGAAGUUCUCAAAAACUAAUCAUGAAAGAUAUGUCAGGCAUGUUGUCACAUCUCACCACUGACCUGGAUGAAAAUAUAAAACAAAUGCCAGUGUCUCAACAAAAUCUGCCUGAAGAAGAUCUGGUCAAUGAGAGUUGCACAGAAAUAAAACUUGCAAGAGAUGAUUCAGAGGACAAGACUGAGAAAAUGGAAAAUGCUCAGACUGAUCCAGCCGUAGUCAAAGAACAAACAAAAACAUCUGUUUCGGAGGCCCGAUUUGAACAAGUUUAUAUGGACAGAAAAGGAAGCCCACAAAAGCCAGUUAUUGAGAAAGAUAUGUCAGGCAUGUUGUCACAUCUUAGUAGUGACCUGGAUGAACAUUUCAAACAAAUACCAGUGACAAGACAAAGUCAUCCAGAGGAAGAUCUGGUAAAUGAGAGCUGCGAAGAAAUAAAACUGGUAAAAGAUGAUUCAGAAGACAAGCAUGGUAAAGAAGAAAGUGAUCAAGCUGACCCAAAUGUAGUGCAAAAACUAACACAAUCAUCUUUUUCAGAGGCCCAAUUUGAACAAGUUUAUAUGGAGAGACAAGGAAGCCAACAAAAGCCAGUAAUUGAGAAAGAUAUGUCAGCCAUGUUGUCACAUCUCAGUUGUGACCUUGAUGAACAUUUCAAACAAAUACCAGUGUCGAGACAAAGUCAUCCAGACGAAAAUAUGGUAAAUGAGAGCUGCAAAGAAACAAAACUGGUAAAAUAUGAUUCAGAAGACAAGCCUGGGAAAGAGGAAAAUGUUCAGGCUGACCCCAAUGUAGUCAAAGAACAAACAAAACAAUCUGUUUCAGAGGCCCAAUUUGAACAAGUUUAUAUGGAGAGAAAAGGAAGCCCACAAAAGCCAGUAAUUGAGAAAGAUAUGUCAGGAAUGUUGUCCCAUCUCAGUAGUGACCUGGAUGAACAUUUCAAACAAAUACCAGUGACAAGACAAAGUCAUCCAGAGGAAGAUCUGGUAAAUGAGAGCUGCAAAGAAAUAAAACUGGCAAAAGGUGAUUCAGAACACAAGCCUGGGGAAGAGGAAAAGGUUCAGGCUGACCCAAAUGUAGUCAAAGAACAAACAAAAACAUCUGUUUCAGAGACCCAAUUUGAACAAGUUUAUAUGGAGAGAAAAGGAAGCCCACAAAAACCAGUUAUUGAGAAAGAUAUGUCAGGCAUGUUGUCCCAUCUCAGUAGUGACCUGGAUGAACUUUUCAAACAAUUACCAGUGUCGAGACAAAGUCACCCAGUGGAAGAUCUGGUAAAUGAGAGCUGCAAAGAAACAAAACUGGUAAAAGAUCAUUCAGAAGACAAACCUAAGGAAGAGGAAAGUGUUCAGGCUGACCCAGAUGUAGUGCAAGAACUAACACAAUCAUCUUUUUCAGAGGCCCAAUUUGAACAAGUUUAUAUGGAGAGAAAAGGAAGCCCACAAAAGCGAGUAAUUGAGAAAGAUAUGUCAGGCAUGUUGUCCCAUCUCAGUAGUGACUUCGAUGAAUAUUUCAAACAUAAACCAGUGACAAGUCAAAGUCAUCUUGAGGAAGAUCUGGUAAGUGAAAGCUGUAAGGAAGUAAAACUUGCGAAAGAUGAUUCAGAAGACCAGGUUGAAGAUAAUUUAAGUUUAGCUUCUUCAUCACAUCUCAACAUACAGGGGUCUUUUCAAGUUUCAAGUACUCAUAGCACACUAAAACGACCAUCUGAUUUAGGCAGCCUUCAGACUCAGGGGUUUGAUGACUCGGAUCAGGAACCAUGCCAUCAGGAUUCAUUAGAGUCCAGUCCUCUUAUGGAAGACAGAUCAUCAAAGUCUCCCGAUUCCAUUGAGCCAAGCCCCACUAAAGAAUCUCCAUGUCAAGACUCUCUUGAAGGAAGUCCUACUCAACCAAAGGAACAACCAUUUCAAAUGCCAGUACAGACAGCUGUGUAUGAAGAUUAUGCUUCCCAGCUCAAAGCUUGUUUUGCUUCUGAUAAAUCCAUUUAUACAGAGGAAUCUGGCAACACUACACAAGAAAACAUGACUGUAAUCCCACAAGUGGAUAGUAAAGUGAUGGAUGAUCAGUCUACACAUGAAUUAACUGGGUUCAGUAUGUGGUCAAACGAGGGUGUUCACACACUCAUUAGGCAAGACUCUCUUGGUAGUAAUGACAGUGAGAAUGACACCACCAAUAAACAACACACUCCAGAAGAGGAGAUGUUUAAAAUAGCUGUAAAGAUCAAAACAUUUGAUGAAAUGGAACAUGAAUCCAAAGUGAAGAAAGACAAAUUGGUAGAUGUCCCUUCUCUAUCUGAUGAAAGUGCAGUGGAUCUAAAUUUUGGCCCAGCUACAAGGGCUUCCUUAACAGAUGUGCUACACCAAAGCUCUGAAAACCAAGUAGCAGAAAGCUCUAAUCAGCCAGUUGAAAAUUCACUGUGUGUAAUUUCAAGUCAGAAAGAGGAACCUGAGAGAAGUGUCUCUGUGCCCCAAGUAGCAGAAAUACACAAAGACAUGAGAGAAGGUGUGAGUUCUCAAGUAGCAAAAGCACCUUUUCCCUGCACUGUGAGAAAUGAACAUACCUUAUCCAGUGGCUUUGCAAAUGAGACAGUAUUAACAGAUGAUUCAGAGUUUAACAAUGAACCCCAGGACUACGGAACUAUUGAAGUAGAAGACGUCACAUUAUGUUGCAGUUACGAUGAUGUGACCUUAAGGGAACAUACUGAGGGUGAGCAACAAGUGCCUCUUGACACUUUGGAGGACACAACAAAACCUGAAAAAAUAAUUGUGCAGACACCAGGUGGGGAGAAAAGCCCCAGUCCAUUUCAGUUUCAGGAAGGAAAGCUAUUUGAAAUGACUCGGGGUGGAGCUAUUGAUAUGACAAGAAGAGCCUUUGAUGAGGAAGAGGAAUCAUAUUCAUUCUUUCAUGUCGAGGAAUAUCCAGUUGAGGAGGCUGUUUUGGAAACAACUGCUUCAGACACAACUCUUCAAGGGACCCCAAGAUCACAGCUAACUCCAGAUAUCUGUGAUGUAACAUCCAGUCCUGAAUCCAAAAGUACGACAAAAGCCUCUCUUGAAAAGUCAAAGCUUGAGAAAUCGCUUCAAAAUGUGGAUCUGUGUAGCCUUACAAACCCCAACCUUACCUCUCCAAAUGCUUUUACAGAUAUUUCAACAGAGGCUGAAAGUCUCAAAAACCUUGGGCUGGACUAUCUGGACAGCACAAUAGCUGACCUUCAGCUAGAUGCAUCUGCUGAAUCUGAAAAGAAUUCUUUAGAUUCCUCAUCAUCUGAUGAUGAUGAUGAGCUUGAUGAAGAUGAAGACCAAUGCUCAGUCAUAGAAAUGAGAAAUCAUCAACGCUCACCCCCACCCCUGGAUUUCAAAGAAACCCCCAAAGAUAGAGAGGAAAUAUCAGUGAGAGAACCACAGCUUUCAGAGCUUGUUCAAGUUCGAGAAGCAGGAGAAAUCCUAACUUUUAGUCGUAGAACUAGAUCUGAGGAUAACACAACUAAGGCCUUUAGUAAAGAAGGUAGGAGUUAUUCUGAGAGUACUCAACCCUCUAAUAUAUUAACUAUUCCUCCUUCCAAACCUACUACCAUUAUCCAGGAGAAAGCUUUAGCUGAUUGGAUUUCUUCAAGUUCUCCUCCAAUAAAUGAAACAUCUGUGAGGUCUUCUUUAGAGACCGAUGAAAUGAGCAGCACUAGUCACAUGAGUUCAGAUUCUGUUAUAUUUACAUAUGACAUCCCAGCCUCCCAAAGUUCAGAUUCUGAUGGCAGUCAGUUGCCAGUUGUACAUCCAUCCUGCGGAACAGAGGAUGUGUUUGAGUCCAGGCCUGCCUGGGAUGACACAGUGGAAACUCAGAUGCAGAGAAUCGGUGAUGAUCAGACUCCAGAAUUUACAUCAGCUGACUGGCAGGAUGACACUGACAGGAAAGAAGAAACUUUAGCAAUCAUUGCAGAUCUUCUUGGCUUCAGCUGGACUGAGCUGGCAAGGGAACUGGAAUUCAAUGAGGAUGACGUUCAGCAAGUCAGAACAGAGAAUCCUAAUUCCCUGCAAGAGCAGAGCCAUGCCUUGUUGCAACGAUGGGUUGAACGUGAAGGCAAACACGCUACAGAGGAUAGCCUGAUAAAAAGACUAACGAAGAUCAAUCGGAUGGACAUAGUCCAUCUUAUUGAAACCCAGAUGAACAAGUCAGUUCAAGAGCAAACAUCAAGGACAUAUGCAGAGAUAGAAAAGACUCUUGACCACAGUGAAGUCUCAGUAGCUCUAUCUUCAGUGCAAGAGGAUACAGACAGCCCAAGAAUUGUGAGGAGGGUAGAGUCAGACCGCAGACCACCCCCAGCUGUGUCUGAAGAAGACCUCUCAGUUGCCUCCUUAUUGGACAUUCCUUCAUGGGCAGAACCUGCAGGACAAACUCACUCAGAAAGCAUGCACGGAGACUUAUUGGAGGAGUCCGAAAUCCCACAUGAACUGAACCCUAAUCUGUGGACCUCAGAGGAUGUGAUUGCACAAGAAUCCACUAGUCACUCAGAUGAGCAAGUAUCAUCUUCAACUUUCAAGACAGAUAUUGCUCAAGCCCCAAAACACAACAAUGUUGAUAUGGGACAAAUUCAGGGCAUGCAAGCAGAGACACUUUUGUUGACAUAUGAUUCAAACACAGCAAUGACAACAUCCCACGAUGAACCUGUGUUGGAUGUAGUGAACACUAAAUAUGACAUUACAUCAACCAGCCAAAGUAGCUUUCCACAGGGAAAAUAUGAAUAUAAUGAGUCAGACUCUGAGACUCUAGAAUCACAAGAAAACUGUGAUUCUGUACUUAUCAAGUCCUCAAACUCUAGCCCAACAUCACAGAAAUGUGGAUCUCCUCAGCUCGAUCAGAUGUUUUAUGAUUUGAAGGAAAUGAAACUCAAGUUAUCACCAGAAAAACUUGAUUCAAAUGCAUCAGAGUCCUCUGAUAGCAGCCCAGAGGAGAAAGAAGCUUACACAUAUGCGGAACUUUCACCUGAAGAGGAAUACCCUACUGAAAAAAUAGAUAAAGUCGGUGUGUUUCCUGUUCCACAGCUUACAGAAGGUAUUGCAAAUGUAGGACAAUGUCUCGAUACAAAAGAUGCGUCUGAGUCAGACUCUGACAUUCAUCAAGAAUCAAAUUCAUCACCAACUGAAGCUCCGUCAAUCCCCGAAGUCCAUCAAAGAUUUGGUGAGGAAACUCAACAACAAAGCUUUGGACACUUUCAGUCUUGCCAAAGUAUUCAGAGUCAUACUGAAACAUUUUCUUCAUCGAGAGACACACUUGAGAAAAAUCUGAAUGAGUUCAACAGGAAAAACCUUAUGACAAACACCUAUUCAAAUGGCGAAGGACAAUGCCUACCUACACAGUCUUUAGAGUCAAGGGGCACAACAGAAGAUGUCUCUGCCGAGACUAACCGAGAUCAACGUUUAUGGGAGGGAACCUCCACUAAAGCCAUAUCUACCCAGCCUGUGUCUGAUUUUACUCCUGACAUAUCUACAUCUUCGAGACAUUUCAGCUUUGAUGAGCUGAUACCUUACCCCUCUUCCAGGAGUGUAGAAAAACUUUCUGAUGAGAAUGGGUAUGAAUAUUUUGCCCCUGAAUCUCCUACAUUCAAACUCAAAACUGAAACCUCCUCAUCAGGUUCUGAUGAGGAGUACACCAACCCACCAGAAGCUGCAGAGAUCUCCUCUGCUUCGGGGACCUAUGCCAGGACCCCUCUCAGAAUUACUGAUGGAGCACAGUGCAGAAAGGACAGUCCAAACCUGGAAUAUUCUGACAUGGAGUCUUUUUUUGACUGCAAACAAGUAGUGUCGGAUUUGUCAGAGAAUGAACUUGAUGCACCUGAGACAAUUGGUAGUGCAGGUCCAGCUCAGCAUCAGCUCGACACAGGGACACAGGAAAAGGCAAAGCAAAAAAUGCUCCCGUCUUCUGGAAGUGAAGAUUAUGAAGAUGCUCUUUUGGUUCAUGAGUCGUACAAUCAGGAACUUGAAGAGAGCAGAGAAUCACUACAUCACUCAGAGACAUCAGAUGAAGAAUUCUCUCUAUGCAAAACUUCUCUACCUUCUGGAACUUACUAUACUGAUAAGUCUCUGCAAAGGGAGUACUCUGCAGAAUUUGGAUCAAUAUCAGAAAGUUCAGAUGAGGAGUUUCUGACCACCAGAAUAAUACGAAGGAGAAUUUUCAUCAAGGUUGAUGAAGUAGCUCACCUCCCUACUCAGUCCGUGACUGAAGAAAAGUACCGAGAUGAAAAUGGGCAUUUAGUUGUCAAAAGGGUUACACGAAAAGUAAUCCGCAAGUGUGCUUCUGUGGAUGGUGAAGAGAUACCAUCAGAAGGAGCUUCUCAGGACUCUUUGACUGUAGCAGACGAAGACGGUUACUCCAGGACGGUAAAGCGGACCGUACUAAAAAGUGUUGGAGACCACACAGAGGUCACAUUUUUAAAAAGUGAAGGCUUCCUGUCAUCCAGGCAAGAAAAAGUUGAAUCAGAUAAGAAAACUGUGGUUGAAGGGGAAAGGACAGCAACUUCCCAGGGAGAUCCGUCUUCGGCCUCAAAGCUCCCAUCAGCUCAAAAUUAUUCCAAACAGGGCCCACAUGCGUAAAGGUUCAACCCACAAACGGUGGUGGAAGGAUCCGGGCAGCACGAAGACAUCCUCAUUCCGCAAUUGGAGGACCCAGGAAAAGAUCAGUUGCCUGUGAUCAAUAGUAGCAACUCCACCAGGUUUUUAACUGCUGCCAUGAAAAUGAGGACAACAGUAAAGACAAAACAGAGGUGGAAGAGCAACUGAAUGACUAACUCUCUCCCCAGAUUCCCAGCUCUGUCCACGCUAAAGUCCCUGCUAAUCCUAUGCAUUAGCCACAUGCAAUCCCAGUGUGCACCUCAGAGACACCACAGUCUUCCCAUUUCAGUCCUGGAAGAUUAAUUUUUGUUUUCCAAAUUUUUUCUUUUUUUUUUUUUUCUUUUUUUUUGACGUUAUCAAACCAUGAUUUUUUACGUUAUUAUCUGAAGUUGCUUUGCCUUUUUAUGACCAAAGAAAGCCUUCUGUUUCCUUAUUGAAUUAUUCUUAAUGUCCAGGUUGUCGUAGUUUUGCUUUAAACACGUGGAAGAGCAAUAGGAAAACACAUGAUAAAAACAGAGGAAUACAAUCUAAGGUAAAGAAUAACUUAAAAUAAAUUCAGCUACUGAUGUCUUCAUAAGGGUUCAGAAUUAAACAAAAAAUAUAUAAUUUACAUCACUCUGGCCCUAACAUGGUUCUUUCACCAACAGCUUGAGUCCUUUUCAUUUUUUUUUCCUUGACUCAGGUGGUCAGGAUGUCACAAACAGAAAAACAGACUGUGCUGACACAAAAUGUAACUGCUGCUGUCGUGUUUCGUGUAGACUAUGUGUACUCUCGUCUUUAGUAGCCAGAAACAUGUAUUAUCUAUUAUAUGAAAAUAGCUGACAUCUGUAGCCUAGGAAUUAA